CGACAAUGCCCCGUCCCGGCUCUCGGGUUCUGGCGGCCCUGGCGGCCCAGCUGGAAUCGCCGAAUCAACUGUGCGGGCUCAGAGUUUUCCCACCCUGGCAGUCACAUGGAUUCCCGGCGACAAAACUGCCUUCCACAGAUGUACCCCACUCUCUGUGACCCCCUCCAGUCCCCCGGCCCUGUGCUCACCCCUUCCCAAACCAACUUUCUAUCUUCUGUCUCUCUCCCUCCCUCUCCCGCCUCUCUCUCCCUCUCACCCACACACACUCCCCCCCCAACCAAUACUUGCUCUCCAGCUUCUGUUGUGCAUCUCAGACUCGCCAAAGACGGGACCAGAGCUCGAGACGGCUAAUUGACCAACCACCACAGCCCGCCUCCCUCUCUACCUUGACAACCCGCCUCAAACCGCCACAAUGUCUGCCCCUGCUCAGAAGUUCAAGGUCGCCGACAUCUCCCUCGCUGCCUUCGGCCGCCGGGAGAUCGAGCUGGCCGAGAACGAGAUGCCUGGCCUGAUGGCCACCCGCCAGAAGUACGCCCAGGACCAGCCCCUCGCCGGCGCCCGCAUUGCCGGCUGCCUGCACAUGACCAUCCAGACUGCCGUCCUGAUCGAGACCCUGACCGCCCUCGGCGCCGAGGUCACCUGGACCUCGUGCAACAUCUUCUCCACCCAGGACCACGCCGCCGCCGCCAUCGCCGCCGCCGGCGUGCCCGUCUUUGCCUGGAAGGGCGAGUCCGAGGAGGAGUACAACUGGUGCCUCGAGCAGCAGCUCGGUGCCUUCAAGGACGGCAAGAAGCUCAACCUCAUCCUCGACGACGGUGGUGACCUGACUCACCUCGUCCACGACAAGUACCCCGACAUGCUCAAGGACUGCUACGGUGUCUCCGAGGAGACCACCACCGGCGUCCACCACCUGUACAAGAUGCUCAAGAACGGCGAGCUCCUCGUCCCUGCCAUCAACGUCAACGACUCGGUCACAAAGUCAAAGUUCGACAACCUCUACGGCUGCCGCGAGUCUCUGAUCGACGGCAUCAAGCGCGCCACCGAUGUCAUGAUUGCCGGCAAGAUCGCCGUCGUCGCUGGUUUUGGUGAUGUCGGCAAGGGCUGCGCCCAGGCCCUGCACGGCAUGGGUGCCCGUGUCAUCGUCACCGAGAUCGACCCCAUCAACGCCCUGCAGGCCGCCAUGGCCGGCUACCAGGUCGCCCCCAUGGACAAGGUCGCCAGCAUCGGCCAGAUCUUUGUCACCACCACCGGCUGCCGUGACAUCCUCGUCGGCAAGCACUUCGAGGCCAUGCCCAAUGACGCCAUCGUCUGCAACAUUGGCCACUUUGACAUCGAGAUCGAUGUUGCCUGGCUCAAGGCCAACGCCAAGAGCGUCCAGAACAUCAAGCCUCAGGUCGACCGCUACCUGAUGUCCUCGGGCCGCCACAUCAUCCUUCUCGCCGAGGGCCGUCUCGUCAACCUGGGAUGCGCCACCGGCCACUCCUCCUUCGUCAUGUCCUGCUCCUUCACCAACCAGGUCCUUGCCCAGAUCAUGCUCUACAAGAACGAGGACAAGGCUUUCGGCGAGAAGUACGUCGAGUUCGCCAAGUCUGGCAAGCUCGAGAAGAAGGUUUACGUCCUCCCCAAGGUCUUGGACGAGGAGGUUGCCCGCCUGCACCUUUCCCACUGCAACGUCGAGCUCACCGAGCUCACCCCUGCGCAGUCUGAGUACCUCAGCCUGCCAUCCGAGGGUCCUUACAAGAGCGACCACUACCGCUACUAAGCGUCUUCCUGACGCUAUAUUUGUACAUUGACGUGAGCUGACGGACAUUCCAACACCGUCGAUCUUGCCCUAGUAUCUGGGGACUUGGGAGUGCGAUCUUGCGCUAGAGGUCGGAAGACACGAAAAGUAAUGUUUUCAACAGCAUCGGGGUCAUGGCAAUGACCUUUUCUUUUGAACGGGAGCAGCAUUCUUGUUUGCUUUGGUCGGCAGGACAACAUCAAAACGGACAUUCACAUGGGGGAGAGGGGCCGGAGGCGGCUGGCUUUUUCAACAAAAACGGCGUUGGGAUAAAUUAUACCUUUGUUGCAUUGACAUUCCUCCGCCCUGGCUGGAAGGGCGUUUUGAAUACUGCGUGGGUGGCUCAUGCCCCCAUCGACACCUGGCCCGGCCUGCGGGCGACUGGGCCAGUAGUUGGGCUCUUCAACGUAGCCGGGAGAUGGUAGACACGAGACGAAUAAAGACUGGAGGACUC